AUGAGCGAAGCAAAUAGUGUGAAGAAUCCAAUUAUCCCAGGUACCAAAAUUAUGAAACUAGCAGCAGGGAAAGGUGUUGAGAGCACCAAAUAUAUGAGUCUUAUAAGCAGUCUCAUGUAUUUAACUGUGACACGUCCAGAUUUGAUGUAUGUAGUCAGCUUGCUAGCAAGAUUUAUGGAAAAGCCCAAGGAGGAACACAUGGCAGUGGCAAAACAAGUCUUGAGGUAUAUAAAGGGUACUAUGAAUUAUGGGCUACACUAUGGGAAGGAUCAAAGUCAGAAAUUAAAAGUUUUUACUGACAUCAAUUAUGCACGUGAUCUAGAGAACCGAAAAAGCACCUCUGGAUAUGUAUGUUUAUUCAGUGGAGCUGCAAUAUGUUGGAGUUCUAGAAAACAAGAAGUUGUCACUUUAUCAUCAACAGAAGCAGAAUAUGUUGCAGCUACAACAUGCACAUGUCAUUGUGUAUGGUUGAAAGGUAUCCUUGAAGAAGUUGAAGAAAACACAGGUACUGUGGAGGUUAUGUGUGACAACUGUUCAACUAUAAAGCUAUCAAAGAAUCCAAUAAUGCAUAGGAGAACAAAGUAUAUAGAUGUUCGUUUUCACUAUAUCAGGGAAUUAGUGAACAAAGACAUUAUACGACUAAAUUUUUGUGGCACCAAGGAGCAGCUAGCAGACAUGAUGACCAAGCCAUUGAGUUUAGCUGCGUUUGAAUUCAUCAGAGAAGAAAUUGGAGUGAAAGAUCUUAAACAAGAAGCUCAACGCUUACCUGUUUAA